AUGUUGAAUCAAGACAAUGGAAUCUCACAACAUGGACAACAGCUCGAACCUAGACAUGGAGGCGGAUCAAGAAAAGACUUUCGACUACUCUCGAAACGAGCUCAAUGGCUACUAGCCGCGGUACUCGGUGCUAACGACGGUCUUGUCUCGACGGCUUCACUUAUGAUGGGUGUAGGUGCGGUUAAGCAAGACGUCAAAGUCAUGGUCUUAUCCGGUUUAGUCGCCGGAGCUUGUAGCAUGGCGAUCGGAGAGUUUGUCUCGGUUUACUCUCAGUACGACAUAGAGAAGGCUCCGCUCAGAUGA